AUGAUUCAGAAGAUAGGAACAGGAUCAUUGCUCCUGGCUUCAGGGGCUAUCAUUGGGGUGUUGACAACACUUCUAGUGCAGGCUCGAUAUGAACUGUCUCAAAAAGGAAACUCGAAAGAUGACGAUCGCAGGUCAAAGGGAGACAAGGGGGCCGAAGGAGCUGGCGACGAGUGCACCAAUAGCAGCGUCAAGUAUGAAGAUGACGGCCAUCUGAGAUGUCCACAAAAUUUGCGCGAUGCCAAGCUGAAACGAGAUCGACUGCCUUCCCUGAUCAUCUUGGUCAGACAUGGUGAAAGCCAAGGCAAUGCGGAUCAUACAUUGUAUCGGACCAAACCCGAUAAUCUUGUCGAAUUGACGAAAAAGGGAAUGAAACAAGCUCACAAGGCGGGGAAACGAGUGGAAAAGAUUUUCCAUAAAAUGGAUUUGCAAGCUCAUGAACAAAAACAGCAAUCACGUGGAGAAGGAACAUGCCAAGCGACACAUUCGGCAGCCAUCCGACGAACACAUUUGGUGAUUUCACCCUUUGAGCGGACCCGUCAAACGGCUGCUGCCAUGCGGCCCUGGUUUGCCCAUCGGGUUGUUCGAACAGACAUUGAACCAAGAAUCCGGGAACAAGAGUUUGGAAAUUUGCAAUGUCACGAUUUUGACGACUUUCGACGAGAACAAAAACGUGUGGGUCGCUUCUGGUAUCGCUUUCCAACAGGAGAGAGUGGGUCUGAUGUUUAUGACCGCGUCAAAUCCUGGUGGACAGAUUCUGUCAUGAAUGUUAAUGAGCGAUAUGGAUAUGAACCAGUUGAUGCAAUAGUGGUAGUGACACACGGUUUGACCAUGCGAUUUGUGCUGAUGCAACUCUUUGGCUGGUCUCCGCAAACCUUUCAUUCCGUGUGGAAUGCUGACAAUUGCGACGCCUAUGUCUUGCGUAAGGAUCUCAGCAAGCCUGGACCCUCACCAUAUGUGUUGGAUGAACAGGCUGGGGAUAUGCCCAAAUCGUCUAUUGAUGUAAAGGUGGAAUUUGAUGGAAGCAAUUGCCAGGUUUACAAGUUGAACGAAUACUUGAAAAUACCGCCGCCGAGGACUCAGCAACUGGAUCUUGUCAAGGCAAAAUUAGAAGAGCAAUACCCUGAAAUUGACAAGAAAUGCAUCAGCAGUGUCAUGUUUCUGCCAUUUAUUCAGGGUGCAGUUGCCGAACAACGAACCAAAACUGGGCGACGAGCUAGUAUCAGCACACUGCCGCCUCAUCAAAGUCAAAAUCAUCUUCCUUCUCAAAUUGGAGACGAGCUACAGCAAUUGAACCAUCAAGUUCGGCGGCUUUCGGAAUUAGGCGGCUUUUGUCCAAAUCCCGAGCUAUAUGCGAAACCAGAAGAAAGUUGGCAAUUUUAA